GCCGUCGCGUUCACCGUCGCAUUCAACCCGCCGUUUGCACAAUGACGCAACGUCCAGACAAACGAACUCAGACACGCGACGCGACCACAACAAAGACAUAUCCGCCGUAUCUCAGACUCAUUGCCAGCUACAACUUCACUUAACCUCUGUACCCCACGCAAAGCACAUCGCACUAUACACACUCUACACGCUCUUCCACCUCAAGACAAAAUGACCACGAAUAGUUCAAGACACCUCCUCCCCAUGACCCCCAUUCUCUUCAACGAUGAUGGCGCUUCGCGUCCAAGCACUUCUCACCACCUCGCGAACCCCACGCUCGCCAACCUCAAAGACGCGCAAGACACCAGCAUCACCGCGCUGCCGCGGCCUGUCAUCGAAGCCGAGGUUGUUGAAGAAGACGGUUUCUGGAAGAGACUUUGGGCUAAGAUCAGGAAUGCGCUGGGUUUCGGUGAGCAGGAAGUUGAAUAUGAAGAGGAGAGGGAAAUGUGCAUUGGUGAGCCUUUUGGCUUUGUGCAUAUCGGGACGGGAGGGAAUAGGCCGUUGUUGGGUCCAGGUCGUGUGCCUCAGAGUGGGGAUGAAGAGGGAGAUUGGGAGGAUGUUGGGUGAGGGCGGGAGGUAUUCAUGGUGGUUGGGGGACGAGAUCGUAACAUUACGAUGGGCCGUGGAGGACGAAGUACGUGUGAGAAGUAGUGGAUAUGAAG